GUGUGUGUGUGUGGGGGGGCUUUUGCCCUGCUCUGCCUUGUUGCUCCCCCAUUUCCUGGCCUCCUUAAUUGGGGUUCUCCUUCCCCCUCCCCACCUGCUUGCAGGUUUGACUGUAGGUACCGGAGCUGGGACCCACGGCGCCUAAAGAUGCUGAAGGGGGUCUGGCUGCUCAGUGUGUUGACAGUGGCUGGGAUCUCGCCCACGACGGAGAGCCGCAAGCCCGCCAAAGACAUUUGCAGCCGGAGUCGCUGCCCCUGCGAGGAGAAGGAGAACGUGCUGAACAUCAACUGCGAAAACAAAGGCUUCACCACCGUCAGCCUGCUGCAGCCGCCCCCUUCCAAGAUCUACCAGCUCUUCCUCAGCGGCAACGCCCUCACCCGCCUGCACCCCAAUGAGUUCGUCAACUAUUCCAACGCCGUGACCCUGCACCUGGGCAACAACGACAUGCAGGAGAUCCGCACCGGGGCCUUCAGUGGCCUGCGGACCCUCAAGAGACUGCACCUCAACAAUAACAGGCUGGAGGUGCUACGGGAGGACACCUUCCUGGGCCUGGAGAGCCUGGAAUACCUGCAGGCCGAUUACAACUACAUCAGCGCCAUCGAAGCCGGGGCCUUCAGCCAGCUCAACAAACUGAAAGUGCUCAUCCUCAACGACAACCUCCUGCUGUCCCUGCCCAGCAACGUCUUCCGCUUCGUCCUGCUCACGCACCUGGACCUGAGGGGGAACAGGUUGAAGAUGUUGCCGUUCGCCGGCGUCCUGGAGCACAUUGGUGGGAUCAUGGAGAUCCAGCUGGAGGAGAACCCUUGGAACUGCACCUGUGACCUGCUCCCCCUCAAAGCCUGGCUGGACACCAUCACCGUCUUUGUCGGGGAGAUCGUCUGCGAGACGCCCUUCCGGCUGCAUGGAAAGGACGUGACCCAGCUCACCCGGCAAGACCUCUGCCCUCGGAAAAGUUCCAGUGACUCUCACCAGAGGGAAAAGCACCCUUCCCACUCAGACACGCACAUCCAGAGGCUCUCACCCACGGCCAACCCUGCCAUCAGCCCCACCAGAGCCCCAAAAGCCAGCCGGCCACCCAAAACGAGGAACCGUCCAACGCCUCGGGUCACAGUGUCAAAAGACAGGCAAAUUUUCGGACCUAUCAUGGUUUACCAGACCAAGUCCCCCGUGCCCAUCACCUGCCCAAGUGGCUGUGUCUGCACUUCGCAAAGCUCCGACAAUGGUCUAAAUGUGAACUGCCAAGAGAAAAAGAUCAGUAACAUCUCAGAUCUCCACCCCAAACCCACCAGUCCAAAGAAACUUUACCUUACAAGUAACUAUCUACAGGUUGUUUAUAAAACCGAUCUCCUUGAAUACAGCUCUCUGGAUUUGUUACAUUUAGGAAACAACAGGAUUGCAGUGAUACAGGAAGGUGCCUUUACAAACCUCACCAGUUUACGCAGACUUUAUCUCAAUGGCAAUUACCUUGAAAUUCUGUACCCUUCUAUGUUCAAUGGACUGCAGAGCUUGCAGUAUCUCUACUUAGAGUAUAAUGUCAUUAAGGAAAUCCUGCCACGCACCUUUGAUGCUCUGAGUAACCUUCAUCUAUUAUUUCUGAACAACAACUUGCUGAGGUCUUUGCCUGAUAAUGUGUUUGGUGGUACUUCCCUCACGAGACUCAAUCUGAGGAACAACCACUUCUCACACUUGCCUGUGAGAGGAGUCCUCGACCAGCUCUCGGCUUUAAUUCAGAUAGACCUCCAAGAAAAUCCUUGGGAUUGCACGUGUGACAUAAUGGGGCUCAGGAACUGGAUAGAGCAUGUCACUGAGCAGAACAAUCAGCAGUCAAGUCCCCCUGUAGUUAUCAAUGAAGUCAUAUGCGAGUCUCCAGCUAAGCACUCAGGAGAACAUCUGAAAUUCCUGAGCAAAGAGGCCAUCUGUCCAGAGAACCCUAACUUGUCAGAUUCUACUCUCUUCUCUAUGAGUCAUAACACAGACACACCACAGUCCCUCAGCGUCUCGCCCAGCUCCUAUCCAGAAAUACACACAGAAGUUCCACUCUCUGUCUUAAUUUUAGGCUUGCUGGUUGUGUUUAUCUUGUCUGUCUGUUUUGGGGCAGGCUUGUUUGUCUUUGUUCUGAAACGCCGAAAGGGAGUUCCAAGCGUGCCCAACAGUGCAAACAACUUAGACAUAAGUUCAUUUCAGCUGCAGUAUGGGUCUUACAACAUGGAGAGCCAUGAUAAAACUGAAGGGCAUGUUUAUAACUAUAUCCCCCCUCCUGUCGGGCAGAUGUGCCAAAACCCAAUCUACAUGCAGAAGGAAGGGGAUCCGGUUGCGUACUACAGGAAUCUCCAUGAGUUUAGCUAUAGCAAUCUUGACCACAAAAAGGAAGACGCAGCCAACCUUGCAUUUACAAUCAGUGCUGCUGAAUUGCUGGAAAAGCAGUCCUCGCCAAGGGAACCAGAGCUGCUGUAUCAAAACAUUGCAGAGAGGGUCAAGGAACUCCCCAGUGGAGGGGUUGUUCAUUACAACUUUUGCACCUUACCCAAAAGGCAGUUUGCUCCUUCCUAUGAAUCCAGACGCCAAAACCAGGACAGGAUAAAUAAGACUGUUUUGUAUGGAACUCCCAGGAAAUAUUUUGCAGAACAGUCUAAACCCGAGCAUCCUUUGCUGCAAGGAAAGCUACAAACAGAACCAGACUACCUCGAAGUUCUGGAAAAACAAACUGCAAUUAGUCAGCUGUGAGGGUGGAUUGGAGGGAGGAGGAGGCAUUUUAAAAGGGUCUUAAAGUCAAACUUGAUUGAUUCAGAACUCAAUACCAAUGUGAUUGGUCACAUUCUCAACAUUUCCACUUUUUAAAUUCUGAAAACAAGCAAACACAACCCCCUUAUACUAUGCUGGAGGUAUGGUGUUGCUUUUGCAAAGGUCCCUUUAAGUUAUUUCUACAUCUUUCUUCUUUUUCCCCUCCCCUUAGGAACUGUCUCUGCAAAUGAAUGUUUCGACAAUAGAUUUUUGCAUAAUUCUCUCUUUUUUUUUUUUCUGAGUUGGGAGGAAGGGGGACUUUUUUUUUUUUUUAAUUUAAAGUGGAAAGAUAAUGUAUUAUGUAGAAGAUCUCCAAAGAUCUUUUUCCUGGACUAUAACUUUUUUUUGUAAAUAAUAAUAUACAAUACUGCUGUUUCAAUUACAAGUAUAGCCACUGGGCAUCACUUUCUUGUGUUAAAGUGCCUUUGCACUUUAAGUACAUUAUUACUUAAUUGUUGCUCUUAGCUUUGAUAAAUUGAACCUAUUUUAAUGUGUUGUAUUUUUGAAAUUUAAAAAAAUGUACAAUAGAUCUAUAUGUCCGCUGCAUUAAAUCAAACAAUCUUGCUUGAUUUAUAGGAAACCAGACCUUCUUUAAGGGAAUGUAGUUCUAGGACUUUAAAGAUUGAACUGUAAAUUAUUUGGUUUUUUCCCCCCCUUUGGGUUUGGUUUGAGUGAUUCAUUGAAAUCCACUAAGAGGAUUUAGCAAUGGACUAGAGGUAAUCAGCUGCCUCAGAUGGAAGUAACAGUUCAUUAAUAAAAGACAUUUAACAUGACAUCAUAGUGAACUGAACAAUUAAUGACCCUUCUUAAUUCAUUACACUGCAGCUCUAACACAGCCAAUAAUGUUCAGUGGUUUAAGAUUAUUUUCAUACUUAAUAAAACAUGAUUCUACUUGUAAUA